AUGGAGGUUCAUACGCUGGUUUGUGCCCCGGUGAAGCAGCCCUCGUCCACGCCUCAACCGCAACCUCAGCCUGCGCCCGCUGCGGCACCUGAGAAACGGAAGAGAGUGCGAAGAUGGCAUCACCGAGGCUUCACCGGCUGCUCCACCUGUCGUCGCCGUCAUGUUCGUUGUGACGAGGCUUCGCCAUGCUGCAAGAAUUGCUCGCGUCUAGGCCUCGAAUGUGAUGGUACCCAAGGCCGAAUGACCUUCAAGGUCUACGGUCCUCCGCAACCCCAGGAAUCGCCGUCGUCCUCGUCUUCAUCGUCACCUCCCGGGUCUAAGAAGCGCGAGAAGAAGCCGGCUGCCGGUGUGAUGACCACCUUUGCAGUUGACGGAAAGGUGAUCAAAAAGGAGAACGACGAAGAUGAGGAAUCAUUUGAUGCGGUGGUGGUGUCGCCCACCACGGUCUCCGACGCGACACCCAUCAAGUAUCGCUUCCAGGACCCGGUAUCCCCGGCCGAGUUCAUGACAGCUUCGUUAGAUCUAGAGGGCCGCUAUUAUACCCAUUUCAUUGACAGAGUCGCGACGUUACUUCUCAUCUACGACAACUCCAUCAACAUCAAUCCUUUCCGUCGAUAUUUCCCCGAUCUUGCUCGAUCAUCUCCAUCCAUGGCCAGUGCAAUGCAGGCGCUAGGGGCAUUACAUCUUGCAAAUACCUCGCGAGGGCAACAGCGGAUUACGCAUUUCCAACACGCCAUGGGAAAGUAUGGGGACGUCGUCAAAUCUUUCAGAACCAGAUACAACCAAGCGGGACCGCACUUGCAAUUAACCGACUUCGCCACCUGUUUAUUGUUGGGUCUUUUCGAGAUGAUGGACUCGCAACAUCACAAUUGGGCCGUUCAUCUCAAAGGGGCCCGCGAAAUUUAUCGCCUUCUGUUCAUUCCGAAUAGCGACCCCGCCAAGGAAGCGCAACGUCUCGCCGAAACAAACCAUCCGCUACGACAAUUCCUCGUUUCUCUCUUAUCCUAUCUCGACGUUGCCGGCGCAUGUGCCACCUCGGAAGGGACGGUGGUCGAAGGGAGCUACUGGCGAACGCAUGGUGGUGGCUGGGAGUACAAUCUGGGCACUCCGAGUCUCUCGACCGAGACGCCUGCCGAACACUCCCUACUCGUGGAACUACGCUCAUGCUGGUCUACUAUGAUGGAAAUCCAGGCUGCCAUCAGUUCAUUCGGAAAGGCGAAAUCACAAGGGUGGAUGUCAUACGAGCAACAAGACUUGGUUUCUCGCGAUCUGUUCACCCGGCUAGCCGAGUGGCGACUCAACGCCCCCCAGUGUUUUCAACAACUCGGUGAUUUGGAUGACGAAAGCUUGCGGCAAUAUGCUUUCCCUGAAAUUCUGGAAUAUACUGGAUGCAUCGAGGCUUAUGAAAAGGCGACCAAUCUCUACUUACACAAGGUGGCGGCGGCUGAGCGGCCCGACCGGCAGCCUCCGAGAGCCGUGAUGGACAUGCUCGCAACUCGUGUUCUAAGUCUGAUCGGCAAGCUUGCCAAGGAUGUCGGACAGCUGGCUGUGCUCUGGCCUCUGUUUACGGCGGGGCGUGAAACCCGAGAUGAACGAGAACAGAAAUGGGUGCGACAAACCAUGCUCGAACUCCAACGGUUUGGAUUUAAGAACGUCGAUAAAGCCCUCGAUGAACUAGAACAAGCCUGGUUCAAACAACGAGCCUUCCCCGAAGGAUGGGUCGACAAGAUGGAUGACGUCCGAUCCUCAAUUCUCCUGCCAUGA